AGCAAAUCACUGCUUUUAGAGACCAAAUUACAGACUCAGGCCAUAUGUAGCUGAAGGAGAACAACGUGUGUAGUGAAACAGACUUGCUGCCUGACAGAGCCCAGAUACUGCAGUGUGGGUAACACCUCGAAAUGACUUCUCCCUUCAGGUGGAACACUGGUACAAAGGAGCGAAUGCUGAUCAAAGUGACAGACAGAGAGCCCAGCUUCUUGGCCCACCAGGGGAACGGUUACUCCCCCUGUGACCCCCUCGCCCCUGGACCUCCCUCUGGAGGAGGCACCACCUCACGAACCCGCCGUUCCUCUGGAGGCAACCCGCCCUCCGAAUCUGACGGCUCGCCCGUGCUCUACACUGACCGUCGUCAGUCUCCCUACCUGAAGCGGGCGGAGCUGGGCGGGACCGGCACCCAACGUCGUUCCUCAGCUGAUUCCCAGCCUCCCUCCCCCCGCUACGCCUACGAGCCCCCGUUGUACGAGGAGCCGCCGUCGGAGUACCAGCCCCCGCCCAUCUACGAGGAGCCCCCCACUGACAUGCACCUCUCUGACUCCUCCUCCUUUUACGGCACCGGCAAGUCACCGGCUCGCAAGUCUCCGGCCCCCCUCUAUCACUCCCCCAAGCAGGGCCAGUCCCCCUAUGGCCAGCUGGUUCUGACCCGGCAGAAGUGUCCAGAAAAGACCCAGAGUCUGGAAUACAGUCCUGUGGGGAAAGAGUACGUCAAGCAGCUGGUGUACGUGGAGCAGUCGUCUUCCAGCCCUCGCUUCAAGACCGCCGACCGUCUGCUGCGUUACGGCACAACAGGGGGCUACGGGGGCUCGUAUGGAGGCUCCUAUACCCUGCAGCACAGCCAGUCCCUGAUCAGAGACCCCCGCCUACUGCUGGACUACAGUGGAGAGGGUGGAGAGGGAGGCCAGAGGUUACUUUAUGAGGACUCCAUAUCCUGGACGUCCAGCCAAACCCACUCCCUCUCCUCCUCCUCCACUGGGGCUUUCUCUCCUGGCGGAAACCGCAAACGCAAAAGCCGCAAACCGUCCCUCCCCCAGGAGCUGGCUCGCUGCGGGGGGCCAGAGGGGGAGCUGGCAGGUACGGCAUCGGAGGCGAUGCUGGCCCAGGCUAGGCUGGCGUGGGAGGCCCAGCAGGUGAUGAAACAGAGGAGCAGCUGGGACUCGGGGCAGGGAGGGGGGGUGGGGCAGGGUACCGGCUCCAAGGAUGGCUACGAGAGUGACGGGGCGCUGCCUCUGCCGUUACCGGGACCAGUGGUGAGGGCAUUCAGUGAGGACGAGGCGCUGGCUCAGAGCGACGGGCACCACUGGAAACGCAGCACCUUUGAUCGACUGGGCUUUCCUCAGGCUCUGCUGGAGAAAAGCCUCUCUGUCCAGACCAACCUGGCCUCCCCAGAGCCUUACCUGCACCCUUCACAGUCGGAGGACCUCGGAGCCUGCGCCCAGUUUGAGACCAGUCGAAAUGCCAGGAAUAUGAUGCCGAGCGCCAGCUGUGGCGUGUUCCCAGAAUUCUCCCUGAGAAAGCCCUCCUCAGAGACCGACAUAGAGAACUGGGCGUCUAAGCACUUCAACAAACACACACAGGGUCUGUUUAGAAGAAAGGUAUCCAUUGCCAACAUGCUGGCUUGGAGCAGUGAGCCAAUCAAGAAGCCCAUGAUCGUGACCUCAGAUCGCAGUGUAAAGAAGGAGGCAGUGGACAUCUUUAAGCUCAUCCAGACCUACAUGGGAGACCGUCGCUCCAAGGUGGACCCCCUCUGUGUGGCUCUGGAGGUGGUGGUCCGCGGUUGGAGCAACCAGGGUCUGCGUGAUGAGCUCUACAUCCAGCUGUGCCGUCAAACCACCGAGAACUUCCGCUACGACAGUCUGGAGCGAGGCUGGGAGCUCAUGGCUAUUUGCCUUGCCUUCUUCCCCCCCACACCCCGCUUCCACACCUACCUGGAGGGCUACAUCUACCGACACAUGGACCCCCUCAAUGACACCAAGGGAGUGGCCAUCAGCAGCUACGCCAAAUACUGCUACAGGAAACUGACAAAAGCUGCUCUGACUGGAGCCAAGAAGGGUUUGCAGAAGCCCUGUCUGGAGGAGAUCCACCAUGCCAGGAACGCCAUCUUCAGUCCCUCCAUGUUUGGCUCUUCCCUGGAAGAGGUGAUGGCGCUUCAGAAGGAGAGAUACCCAGACCACCAGCUGCCCUGGGUCCAGACUCGCCUCUCUGAAGAGGUUCUGGGUCUCAACGGAGACCAGACAGAGGGCAUCUUCAGGGUACCAGGUGACAUAGAUGAAGUCAAUGCCCUCAAGCUGCAAGUGGAUCAAUGGAAAAUCCCCACAGGGCUGGAAGACCCACACAUCCCAGCCUCUCUGCUGAAGUUCUGGUACAGAGAGCUGGAGGAGCCACUCAUCCCUCAUGAGUUUUAUGAGGAGUGUAUCAAUCAUUAUGACAACCCAGAGGCAGCUGUCAACGUGGUGCUGGGCCUGCCGCACAUCAACAAACUGGUGCUCUGCUACCUCAUCCGCUUCCUACAGGUAUUUGCCCAGUCUGCCAAUGUGACCAUCACCAAGAUGGAUGUGAACAACCUAGCCAUGGUCAUGGCUCCCAACUGUCUGCGCUGCCAAUCUGACGACCCCCGAGUGAUCUUUGAAAACACCCGCAAGGAAAUGUCCUUCAUCCGGGUGCUCAUCCAGCGGCUGGACACCAGCUUCAUGGACGGAAUCCUAUAGCCCCCCCACCCAACACACACACACACACACACACACACACACACACACACACACAC